GCCAUCCAGAGCAUGCAACAUCAGCACUUGUGGUAGUGCUAGCAGAAAGCUAAACGCAGGAGCGAAACUUCACACAGUUAUUCCCUGCAAAAUAAGUAGUAUUUUUCACUCUAACAUCUUGCUGUGGUAGUGUUAUUGUGUAACUGACUUCUGACUUGAUAAAACUUUUAUAAAGUUCCAUAGUUCCAGUCGGUCACAGCCGACUACAGUACAUACACGGCCACGUACACGUCUAGUCUGUCACACAUAGUCGUCACCCUACUGAGAUGAGGUAGUCGUCACACUACUGAGGUUCCACACUGUCUGCAAAACUCUAGCUCUUGACAAACUUAGGAAGGCGCCGUUUUUGGAAUCUCCAAUCUUUACCGAAUCGAAUCCAACCAAAAAGCAAUUAUGGAUUGGGUGCAGCUCUUAUCGAAUGUCACAAUUUGCUGUACAAUUGGGAUGUUUAUGGCAGGAAUCCCUGACUGUUUCGGUAUCAUCAGAACUGGAAGCACAGAAAAUGUUAUCUUUCUUCCGUUCCUCAUGACCAAUAUGAAUAACAUAAUGUGGUUUUUCUAUGGCUACCUGAAGCAAGACUCCACAUUGAUGAUAGUGAACAGUGUGGGGAGUUUUCUACAGUCCUCCUACAUGAUAGUAUUCAUCUUCUACACCAAAUCAAAGUUGCUGCCUUUCCAGCGCACUGUUGCAGCAUUUAUUGCCAUGGUAACCCUCUACAUGUACUUGACCAGCUACACUUCCACCUCUGAAGCGGUCCUUAAUCAACUGGGCCUCAUUUGUUCUUCGGUGACUGUACUGAUGUACUUUUCCCCAUUAGCAGAAAUAGCAACGGUGAUUCGUACACAAUCUGCCAAAGGAAUCUCUCUGCCGCUGACCAUCACAACUCUCAUUGCAUCAUCUCUCUGGGUGUUUUACGGGAAAUGCGUGAAUGACUUAUACAUUCAGGUUCCAAAUAUCCCGGGUAUUGUGAGCAGUCUGCUGCGAAUCAUCCUUCUGUGGAAAUACAAAGACAACUCAGUGACUGCCUCAUCCUCCUAGAUCUAGACACAACAUCUCAAGACAAUUUGGGUGAGUUUGAGUUAAGCAUCUCCAGGUUAAGUCAGGCGAGGGAGCCCCACACACAAGACCAUUGCACCUGGGCCCAAUUUCAUGGCUCUGCUUACCGUAACCACAGAAUCAGCGUGUAUGGAAGCUAAGAGUUAUGUGCUUAUGGCCAGCAAGAACAUUUAAUAUUAGUGACUUUUUAUUUAGAUUUUAUUGGUUUAUGUGAGCACAAAGCUAAUGCGACAGAUGUCACCUAUCCGCCAUCUUUUCAGUUUGCCAAAAGGCGUUUACUAUCCAGGGAACAAAUGACUUUCAUUUUAUAGACCCCGCAUAAUUUUGGGAGGUAAGCGAUAUCUGCUGGUGGUUGUGUUACUUAUAAUUAUAUUAUAUAAAUUCUAACUUUUUUCUUUUGAAAAUUGUUUGUUGGCGUGAUUAUAAGCAUGCAUGCACAUGUUUUUGUUUUUUUUAAGUAAGGAAGGUUGAUGUAUUCACUUUCAAAAUUUUCAUUUUAAUAAUAUUCUAUCUAUGGUGUGGGUUUGCGGAACCUAUAUGUUCUAUUAAGGUUGAUACAAUUUAAAGUUUUUUCCAGAAAGUCAAGUUUGAGACAAUUUUGUGUAUAUUUCCUUGGUAUUUAUGGCUCUAUAUUUUCUACUAAAAUUAUUUUUUAUAUUAUAAUCUUUAUUUGAUGAGACAUUGAAAUAUUGUGAAAUUCUUUGGAAUAAUAAAGAAUACAAAAAAGACAGUUAUAUGUUUUUGUUAAUCUUGUUGCAAAUUUUCUAAGAGGACUGAUGAAUGAAGUAACCAAAUAUCCGGUCAAAUUGGGGAUCGAUGUAA